AUGGAACAUGGGCGUGGCCUGAACAAGGCGAUGAGCGAGGAUGAGACAUCAUGUGACUCAGCCGAGGAGGGGAGGAGGUCCAGGUAGGAGGACAUCGCCAUGGCAAUCGUGACUCAGACAAAAGGUUUUGAAAGCGGAGAAGAGGAACAAGGCGACGGCGCUAUAAAGCCCGGUGGGUCCACCGCCUGUCGCUCGCCACUUUGCAUCCUCGACAUGCUCUUCGUCAAAACGUCUCCUCUUCCUUCCACCAUCCUCUUCCACCUCUUCAUCCUACUGGUGGUCGUAGAGGGCGUUGCCAUGACACUGGCCUGCAGGGGGCUCAGGUGCCAAUGGGACAUCCAGGCCGCGCUCAUCCAUAAUUUGUGGACUCUGAUGGAAGCGGAGCGGCUGGAGCUGCGGUGCGGCCGACACAACCUGGAGCUCAACACGCUCGAGACUGUAGAGAUGAUGGUGGACUUCCGGAGGCAUCCUUCGCCACAGCUGCCCCUCACGCUGUCCAACUGCCUUGUGUCAACCGUCGAGACCUUCAAUUUCCUGGGAAUUACGGUCUCUCAGGACCUGAAGUGGGCGAUCAACAUCAACUCCAUCCUCAAAAAGGCCCAGCAGAGGAUGUACUUCCUGCGGCUUCUGAGGAAGCACGGCCUGCCACAGGACCUGUUGAGGCAGUUCUACACAGCGGUCAUCGAAUCAGUCCUGUGUUCUUCCAUGACAGUUUGGUUUAGCGCUGCUACAAAAAAGGACAAACUCCGACUGCAACGGACAAUCAAAAGGAUUGUCGGUACCCCCCUACCCACCAUUGAGGACACGCACGCUGCCAGAACUAAGGCAAGAGCGUGCAAAAUCCUCUGGGACCCUCCACAUCCCGGUCACCACCUCUUCCAGCUCCUUCCCUCAGAGCCUACCACUCAUCUUCGGUCACUCGUCGCCACCAUGUCGCCACCGAGCCGUCUGUGUCUGUUGGUCCUGCUGGGAGCUCUGGUGGCGUGGGCCAAUCGCGUAGACCCGCAUCCUGAACUCCGGGAAAUCCUGGAGAACAUCUCCGGAAUUGUGGAUGUGAAGAGCGUGAAUGGCAUUCCUCCUUUCAACGGUGUAAUCAGGAGCAUCAAAGCGUGUCAGAACCGAGAGGAAGUCAAGCUGGUGAAUGCCACACUGCAAGUCUACAUGCGAGUCUUGGAGAGCAUCCUGCGCCCGGCGCCCGGGCAGCACACCGCCCUGCUAGAUUCGGUGCCCGAGGCAACGCGGGAGCACUUGAGGCACAACGUCGGCCAGCUGACAAACAAGAUGCGCCACUUGACUGACAAGCUGGCUCGCCGCCAUUGCCCUGACGUGCCAAACGUCUUACACCAGCUCUCGCAACUCAAGGUGGAUGAUGUGAUGUUCCAGAAGAGAGCGUUGUCUCAGUUCCUGGAAGUCUACAACAUGGCAGCUGUGAUUGGCUCCCGAGCUUUGGCCCCCCCCACCGAGGCAUCGUCGUGAUUCUUUUUCUGCCUUUUUUAAUUCUUCUCAUGUAUUCCUUUAUUUAAUUUCCCUCCUGUACUUUUUAUUUAUUUUUGCUUGCAGAAGCUGCAGAAACACAUUUUUUCCGUCAUUGUAUUUAUUUUUUUCCCUGUGUGUCUGAAUUGGAAUAAAAGCACCAGUCAAAAGUU